GAGAGUGACUCAUCAGAGGCUGGAGGGUGUCCCAAACUAGAGGAAGAGAGAGGGAAUUUGGCUGAAGUGGUGUGGGCAGGUGAGUUUCACUUGCGGCCUUAUAGCCAGGAAAAAGCUUCCAUCUGGAGGGUGGAGGAAGAGCCCAAGGACAGUCCUUUUCUGCCCUUGUCACUUCUUCCUCUUGCCUCUCUCCAGCUGUGUUACCACCAAAACGCACCCCUCCCCCCACUAGUUCCCCAACUUUGACCCUGAGUGUUUGAUUUGGAACAGGAGGACAGAGGCUUACGUGGGCCAUUUAAAGUCCAGGUCCCUACCUCAGCCCCACCUCCCUAGCCUGGCCUGACCCCUGGCCCCCUCCAGCUCCACCUCUGCCACCCCUCUGCCCAUCCAACCUUUGCCCUUGGCUGCCUGUCUUCAACGUACCCAUCAUGCCUCUUGCCCAGUAGUACCACCCAGAGACCAGGAACCUCCAGAGACUGAAAGAGGCAUCCUGCACCCUAGUCCUGUCUGUCUGUCUUUCUGUCUAUCUCCCAAUCUGCAUUCUGAUUCAAGAUCCUGACGGCGGCCCAGGAGCUAUAGCUAUGACUGUCUUCAUUAUUUUGUCCCUGUGUAGUGUUCUCAUGGUAGGCGUGGGUGAAGGUGGAGCUGGGAGUGAGGAAGGAGUUGAGAGGGAAUGUAAACCUGGCCAGCCUCCCCUCUGCCCCUCCAUACGUCCCAGUGCCCAGCCCUGGACACACCCUGGCCAGAGCCAGCUGUUUGCAGACCUGAGCCGAGAGGAGCUGAUGGCUGUGAUGAGCUUUCUGACCCAGCAGCUGGGGCCUGGCCUGGUGGAUGCUGCCCAGGCCCGCCCCUCGGACAACUGCGUAUUCUCAGUGGAGCUGCAGCUACCCCCCAAGGCUGCAGCCCUGGCCCACCUGGACAGGGGAAGUCCCCCGCCUGCCCGAGAGGCACUGGCCAUUGUCUUCUUUGGCGGACAACCCCAGCCCAAUGUGAGUGAGCUGGUGGUGGGACCACUGCCCCAGCCCUCCUACAUGCGGGAUGUGACCGUGGAACGUCAUGGGGGCCCCCUGCCCUAUUACCGACGCCCCGUGCUGAUCCAAGAGUACCUGGACAUAGACCAGAUGAUCUUUGACAGAGAGCUGCCCAAGGCUGCUGGUCUCCUCCACCACUGUUGCUUCUACAAACACCAAGGGCAGAACCUGGUGACGAUGAACACAGCCCCCCGUGGUUUGCAAUCAGGAGACCGGGCCACCUGGUUUGGCCUCUACCAUAACAUCUCAGGAGCUGGGUUUUUCCUGCACCCUGUAGGGUUGGAGUUGCUGGUAGACCACAAGGCUCUGGACCCUGCCCGCUGGACCAUCCGGAAGGUGUUCUUUCAAGGCCGCUACUAUGAGAGUCUGGCCCAGCUGGAGGACCAGUUUGAGGCUGGCCUGGUGAAUGUGGUGCUGGUCCCAGACAAUGGCACAGGUGGGUCCUGGUCCCUGAAGUCCCAGGUGCCCCCGGGUCCGGCUCCCCCUCUGCAAGUCCAUCCCGAGGGUCCCCGCUUCAGUGUCCAGGGGAACCAAGUGGCCUCUUCAUUGUGGACUUUCUCCUUUGGCCUGGGAGCUUUCAGUGGCCCAAGGAUAUUUGACAUCCGCUUCCAAGGGGAGAGAAUAGCCUAUGAACUUAGCCUCCAGGAGGCCUUGGCUGUCUAUGGUGGCAAUUCUCCUUCUUCUUUGCGAAGCCGGUACAUAGAUGGUGGCUUUGGCUUGGGGCACUUCUCUUCACCCCUGACCCGUGGGGUGGACUGCCCCUACCUGGCCACCUACAUGGAUUGGCACUUCCUUUUGGAGUCCCAAGACCCCAAGACAAUACAUGACGCCUUUUGUGUGUUUGAACAGAAUCAGGGCCUCCCCCUGAGGCGACACCACUCAGAUAUCCACUCCCAUUAUUUUGGGGGACUUGCAGAGACAGUGCUGGUUGUCAGAUCUGUGUCUACCAUGCUCAACUAUGAUUAUGUGUGGGAUAUGGUCUUCCACCCCAACGGGGCCAUAGAAGUCAAAUUCCACGCCACGGGCUACAUCAGCUCCACGUUCCUCUUUGGUGCUGCCCGAAGGUACGGGAACCAGGUUGGGGACCACACGCUGGGCACCAUCCACACCCACAGCGCCCAUUUCAAGGUGGAUCUGGAUGUAGGAGGUCAGAAAGAACCCAACUCUGUACCUGGCCUGCUAGGCUGCUCCGACCUCAAGUGGACCACCCUCCCUUGCAGCCCCUCAGAAGGAGGACUGGAGAACUGGGUGUGGGCUGAGGACAUGGCCUUUGACCUAAGCUCAGUACCCUGGAGCCCUGAGCACCAGAUACAGAGACUGCGAGUGACCCGGAAGCUGCUGGAGACAGAGGAGCAGGCCGCCUUCCCCCUGGGAGGCACCCACCCUCGCUACCUGUACCUGGCCAGCAACCAUAGCAACAAGUGGGGUCACCCAAGGGGCUAUCGUAUCCAGAUGCUCAGCUUUGCUGGGGAGCCGCUGCCCCAGAACAGCUCCAUGGAGAGAGCCUUCAGCUGGGGCAGGUACCAGCUGGCUGUGACCCAGCGGAAGGAGGGGGAGCCCAGCAGCACCAGCAUCUACAAUUUGAAUGACCCUUGGACACCCACUGUGGGCUUCACUGACUUCAUCAACAAUGAGACCGUGGCAGGGCGGGACUUGGUGGCCUGGGUGACAGCUGGUUUCCUGCACAUCCCACAUGCAGAGGACGUUCCCAACACGGUGACCGUGGGGAACGGUGUGGGCUUCUUCCUUCGACCCUAUAACUUCUUUGACCAGGACCCCUCGUUCGAUUCUGCUGAUGCCGUCUACUUCCGGGGGGACCAGGAUGCUGGAGCCUGUGAGGUCAACCACCUAGCUUGCCUCCCCGAGGCUGCUGCCUGUGUCCCCAACCUCCCUGCCUUCUCCCAUGGGGGCUUCUCUCGCAACUAGGUGGUCCCCGGGAUGGGGAAUGUGGCCAGGGGCCCCAGGGCCAGGGUGUGUGAGGAGAGGGGGCAGUGGGCACUGGGUUGGGCAGCCUGGUGCCCUCUUCUUCCUCACAUCCUUGAGGUCCUCUCCACUCCCUCCCCCAAGGUCCUCUCUCUCCCCUCCCAUUGCCCUUCCUUGCAUCCACGUCCCUGGAGGAAGGAUCCUGAGCUGCGAUGCCUGAUACAGGGAGGACUGAGCUUUGUUGGCCCCAGACCUGCUGCGUUCCCAUCCCAGAGAGGAGAGGAUCGGCCGGCCAGGGCUCUGGAGUGAUGGCCAAGCUUUUCUCAGAAAACUCCUGUUUUUUUCAUCUUAUUUUUUGAAUAAGGCAUAAUUCAUAUAUCAUUACAUUUACCCUUUUAACAUGAACAAUUCAGUCAUUUUUAGUAUUUCACAAAGUUGCACAACCAUCACCACUAAGUCCAGAACAUUUUCAUCACCCCAAAGAGAAACCCUGUGCCUGUUAGCAGUCACUCCCUAUUUCCUUCCAACCCCUUCCCAGCUCUAGGCAAUCACUAAUCUUUCUCUCAUUAUAGAUUUGCUUAUAUUCUGGACUUUUCAUAUAAAUAGAUUCAUGCAAUA